AAUUUGGUCACAAAUUUAGUAAUAGGUUAUGGCUCGUGUCAUAAUUUCAUCCUGAGUAAUUUAGGAAUUUUUACCAAUAAUUUAUUUAUUAAUGAUUGGUUUAAUAGUUUAUCAAUGAUUUAGUCGUUAGUUAAGUGUUCAUUGAUACUUGCGUUGAAUAAAUUUUACAAAAUGGAACAAGCUGAGACUCCUUCUACAUCCAGAGGAUAUUACUGUCAUAGCUGCAAUAAUACGAUAUCAAUCCCCAUAACGAAUUUCUUAUGUCCGGAUUGCCACCAAGGUUUCAUUGAAAAAUUACCCGAUGGCCCUACAGGUUCUUCGCCCUUUUCAGAAAGAGGAACAGAAAAUCGAGAUGAUAUGGAUGCGGAUCCCGUUGUGGUAUUAAAUCGAGUCUUUGACGAUAUUAGCAGUAAUCUAGAAGUGAUAAUGGGCGGAGGCGAAUCCAAUGGUAGAAAUACCGAUAAUCGACCAUCUUCUAGUAGCAGAAGAGAUACUUUAUCAAAUUCUUCUAGGCCAAACGAACGUCGUAGAGGUAGAAACCAACAUACCGCAACUUUCGAGCAAAUGCUCAGCGAAUUUUUGAAUAAUAUUCCUAGAAAUCCUCAAAAUUUUGAUGGAGGUGCUCCUGUGUUAUUAGUCGGUAACCCGGGCGAUUAUGCUUGGGGCCGUGAAGGUUUAGACACAAUAGUAACACAAUUAUUAAAUCAAAUGGAUUCCAGCGGGCCUCCGCCUCUAGCUAAAGAUAAAAUUAAUGAAUUACCAUUUGUAUCGAUAACCGCACAGCAAGUUUCUGAAAAUAUGCAAUGCUCCGUUUGUUGGGAUUCUUUUAAAGUGACUGAAAAAGUACGUCAGUUGCCUUGUGAUCAUAUUUAUCACGAUUUAUGUAUCGUACCUUGGUUAGAACUCCAUGGCACGUGCCCCAUCUGCCGUAAAUUAUUGAGCGACGAUAACGAAGCUAGACUGGGAUUUCCACAUGCUGGCGGUUUAGAAGCAUUAUUGAGCGACGUUCACAGAUUAUCGAUUCUUCAACAAACAUACACGCCGAGCAGCAGCACAUCGACCGGAGGAGGCACCGGCUUCAGCCGUCGAAACAACAACGUUCGCUGUUUUCGCUGCAACAAAAUCGGUCAUUUCGCUCGAGACUGCACCGCGCCGCAGCCAGCUCAGCAUCGUCAAUCGCAAUAUCAUCAUAAUAAUCAGUCGAACAGCACGGACCGAUGCUUCCGAUGCGACGGAUGGGGCCACGUGGCUCGAAACUGCCCAGAAACGCUGCCUCGGCGUCGUCGAAAUCGAUCGCAGAGUCGCGGAAGAGGCGGAUGGGGCAGCAGUCGCCGGGCCGGAUCUGCGAAUCGAGGAGGAAGCUGGUCCGAUUCGAUGUAUAGCCCGAGUCGAGCGGUUCCGUUGCACGAGUUUUGGGAAGUGGAUUAUAGCGGCGCUGACGACGAAGACGAUUAUUUAUCGGAUAGCAUGAGCGGAUCGGAUAUGUUGGAGGAUUUAUCGUUUUACGGCGUCGAUUUCAGCGACCAUGUGCCGGAAGUGUGCGCGCUCGAUACGAUGUUCCAGAUAGAUAGCUGGGAUAACGAUACGGUAUCGCCGAGUGGCGGUAGCAGUUCGAAUUCGGCGGCCAAUUUCGUCGGGUACAGGCAGAUCAAUAACGGUGGCAGUCGUGGCAGUCGUGGCGCCGGUGGCAGCGUCGCCAAUAACGAUCGCAAACGUAAGAUGACCUGUUACAAGUGCAACAAACUGGGACACAUGGCUCGAGAUUGUUGGAAGAGAAACUGCCAAAGGUGCUCGAAAAACUACAACGUGUGCGAAUGCUCGGAUGGACCUACGUUGAGUUCGAAUCCGAAUUCGACCGCUACAACCGCCACAUCUUCUUGGUCCACCAGACCGAACAACUACAACAGCAACAGAUCGAACGGUGGACUAUAUCCCAUCGCCACACGAUACAGUCGUUUCGAUCCGCGUUUCGAACCCCUUCGUUCAGACGAUUCGGCUCCGACUUCGAAUCGUACAUCAUUCAACGCCAGCACCGUCGACAGGUGCGAUAGAUGUUAUAAAAAUCACAGAACUAGCGACUGCUGGUUUCUACGAGAACCUACUCCCGAUUGGUGUAAAUCGUUCAGAUCGAACAACGCUAAUCAACGAAGACCUCCUAAUCGAGGUACGUUCGACGGCAGCGGCCCGUCAACCAGCAGAUUCCAUCAGCAAUCCGGCCCGAAUAAUCACGAAAAUUACAGAUGUUUCCACUGUCAGGAAAUCGGACAUAUUGCUCGUAAUUGUCCGACCGCCAAGUCCGCAUCGAACGAAGGACGUGUCCGGGUUUGUCAUACUUGCGGAGCUCAAGGACAUUUCAGUCGCGAUUGUCGUACUUAUCUUUAGAUCGUCGAAUUACCUGUUUCGCUACACUUUUUUUAUUUUCAUUUUAUCGAGUUUCGAUUUACAGUUUGAACAGAGCUACAAGAUCGAACAUGAACGGCGGUAGUUCAUCUAGUAACUCAUCAAGUACUUCAUCCAGCGGCGGUUCUAGUAGUUCUUCGAGCUCGUCAUCGAGUAACAGUUCAUACGGACCUUUUAACGUAGAUCUAGAAUUCGAUUAAACGGAA